AUGCCUUGUGAAGGGUGUGGCCUGGGCAAUGCCGCUCUCCAGUGCCCGAGCUGCAAGACCCUCGGCCUGCCACCUAGUUUUUUCUGCUCCCAGGAGUGUUUUAAAAAGAACUGGGGCUCCCACAAGGUAAAGCAUACCCACCCUCAGAAUCCACUCCCCACCAUUCCCACUAUGACCGACUCCGAGUUAAAAAGUUUCAACUUCACGGGCCCACUGCGGCCGUGCAGGAUCACCCCACGACGGGCCGUCCCGGAUCACAUUGCGAAACCGGACUACGCCCUACGCCCGGAUGGCGUCUCCACCUCAGAAGAGAAGAAUCGCGGCAACAACAAAGUCAUCCGCCACCCUCUCAAACACCUCCACGACGAUUACAGGGAGGAGCAUCUUCGUCGGGACUCGGAUAUCCUGAAAAUAAAGCGGGUCUGCGCCCUCAGUCGGGAGGUUUUGGAUCUCGCCAUCCAGGUGAUCAAACCUGGCGUCACCACGGAUGAAAUUGACCGCGUCGUACACGACGCCACUAUCGAGCGGGGUAUGUAUCCUUCCCCGUUGAACUACUACAACUUUCCCAAGUCCGUGUGUACAAGUGUGAAUGAGGUGAUUUGCCAUGGGAUCCCCGACAGCCGCGGGCUGGAGGAAGGGGAUAUAGUUAAUCUCGACAUCACAGGAUACCUGGAGGGCUUUCACGGAGAUUUAAACGAGACCGUCUUUGUGGGGAGGCCCGAUACGGAUUCGGUGCGUCUGGUGCAUACCGCCUAUGCCUGUAUGAUGGCGGGGAUUCACGUGGUGCGGCCUGGAGAGCUUUAUCGCCAUAUCGGCGACGCGAUCGAGGACCGCGCGGAUCAAUCGCACUGUAGUGUGGUGCGGACCUACACUGGGCAUGGGAUCGGGGGGCUUUUUCACACCUCCCCGACGGUUUGCCAUUACCGGAAUAGCAAAAGCCCUGGGAUUAUUAAACCCGGACAUGUUUUUACCGUAGAGCCGAUGGUGAACCUGGGAAGCUGGCAGGACGUGAUGUGGCCGGAUCGCUGGACGAGUACCACCAAGGAUGGCAAACGCAGCGCGCAGUUUGAGCAUACCCUCGUGGUGACCCCUAAGGGGUAUGAGAUUUUCACCGAUUGGGAGGAUGGGGUGCCUUUUUACCAACGUCAGCUGAGCAAUUGGGGGAUUGAAAUCCCUGCCGUCGAUCCAAGUGAGAUUAAGACAGAGGCACACAACAAACGAGUCGGAACCUCACACACUGAGGAAGGUCAAAGCGAGGGGGAUAAGGAGAGUUGUUAG